CUAUAUAAAGCGCGCGCAUCGCGCUCAUCAAUGAAGUCCGGCAGGCAGCGCGCGCGGGAUGUUGUUUUUCUCACUGUUGGUGUUGCCGGUUCUGUCGGCUCUGGCUGCGGAUGGUCGCUCGUACCGGCGCCGGGACCCGGUGACCGGAGAGUCGCUGCUGUGCGACCGCUGUGCCCCGGGGUUCCGCAUGCGCACGCACUGCACGCGCUCCCACCAGACCGAGUGUGUGCCGUGCGGCCCGGGGCUGUUCACCGAGUUCUGGAACUACAUCCCGGACUGUCUGCUGUGCGACGCGUGCUCGGACCACCAGCGGGUCGCGCGCCCGUGCAACGGAACCGUGAACACGGUCUGUGAAUGCGAGCCCGGAUUCUACUGGGAUCAGUACUUCUGCAAGAGGCACACCGUGUGUAAACCGGGUCACGGAGUCAAAGCUGCAGGGACGCCGCACAGAGACACGGUGUGUGAUAUCUGCGCAGACGGGUGGUUUGCCAACAUCACACAAGCGCAUGCAGCGUGUGUCCCUCACAGCGUCUGCACUGCUGACCACCAUCAGCUGCUGCCCGGAGCCCGCUGGCACGACAGUGUGUGUGCGAGCUGCCAACAGCUCUCUGAGAACGGUUGGGAAGGGUUAUUCCAGCCGGUUCUGAUCGGUCUGCACAUUCAGUACAGGACUCCCAUCCUGCGUCUGCAGAACUUAGUGAACCGCCGUCUGCAGAGGAAACUGCACAAGACAGUCGCGCUCCGGAUGGCUAGUCAUUCCUCAGAGCUGCUGAACCUUCACCGGUUUCGCCAGGACUCACAUCUAGCUUAUUUAGCUAACAGAAUUUCCCACACAGUCCGCAGUUUCCGGCAGCACUGCAGCAACACGACAGCAGCGGCAGUGUGAGACGCCAAGCCUCUGCCGCUCUGCUCUCAGUCUGAUGUCUUUCACCUGCUUUCUAAAAUGUAUAAGGGAGAUUUUGUCCAAAUCAUCUAUGAGCACUAUAUGUGAGAGACUCACUUACAUUAAAGAUUUGGUUUCAGCUGUUACACUAAAGGACGCUGGAUGUGUGAUGUGUAUUUGAGAACUUCAGAAUGUGUCCGGUCAAUAAAUUUCAAAUGCAAGUUUUUAAAUGAGACUCCACUGUUCUGUAAAUAUUAGAUGUUUUUUUGUUUGUUUUUUUGGUUAUACAUUUAAACAUUGAUCUCUAUUUAUUAUUUAAUUUUUUUAACUAAACUGUAUAAUGCAAAACAGCUCCAUUAAAAACAGUGAAAAGA